AUGGAGGCCAUUAUCAACAAGUUCGAGAACGUGUCCAGCGGGAUUACAAACACCGCUUCGUCGAAGUCAGUACUUCUGCUCGGUGCAGGCUUUGUCACACGGCCAACUGCAGAGAUUCUCGGAAAGUCAGGCGUCAAGGUCAUCGUUGCUUGCAGGACUCUCGAGAAGGCACAAGCAUUGGCCAAGGAUAUCCCGAACUCUCAGGCCAUCAGCCUCGAUGUCAACAACGACGAGGCGCUCGACGCUGAAGUCGCCAAAGUCGACGUCGUCAUCAGCUUGAUUCCCUACACGUACCACGCAACCGUCAUCAAGUCGGCGAUCCGCAAGAAGAAGGAUGUCGUCACAACGUCAUAUGUCUCGCCUGCGAUGAUGGAGCUCGAUGCUGCCGCGAAGGAAGCCGGCAUCACAGUCAUGAACGAGAUCGGUCUUGACCCCGGAAUCGACCACUUGUCCGCCGUCCUCACCAUUGAUGAGGUACACAAAGCUGGUGGCAAGAUCCUGUCCUUCAAGUCGUACUGCGGAGGACUCCCGGCCCCCGAGGCCUCUGACAACCCGCUCGGAUACAAGUUCUCGUGGAGCUCGCGAGGUGUGCUGUUGGCACUGAGGAAUGCGGCCAAGUACUACGAGGAUGGCAAGGCCAAGGAGAUUGAGGGACCGGAGCUCAUGGCUGAGGCCAAGCCAUACUUCAUCUACCCUGGCUACGCUUUCGUCGCUUACCCCAACCGUGACUCUACCCCAUACAAGGAGCGCUACAACAUCCCCGAGGCCCAGACUAUCAUCCGUGGUACCCUCCGCUACCAGGGUUUCCCCGAGUACAUCAAGUGCCUCGUCGACAUUGGCUUCUUGUCUGACGAUGCGCAAGACUUCCUCAAGGAGGGUGAGAAACGCACAUGGAAGGACGCCACAGCAAAGAUUAUCGGCGCGACCAGCGACAAGGAGGAGGAUCUUAUCUGGGCCAUCAGCUCCAAGACCAAGUUCGCGAGCACCGAAGAGAAGGACCGCAUCAUCACCGGCCUCCGCUGGAUCGGCCUCUUCUCUGACGAGAAGAUCACUCCCCGCGGCAACCCCCUCGACACCCUCUGCGCCACACUCGAGCAGAAGAUGCAGUACGAGGCCCACGAGCGCGACUUUGUCAUGCUGCAGCACAAGUUUGAGAUUGAGAACAAGGACGGCAGCAAGGUCAUUCGCACAUCGACUCUCGCUGAUUACGGUGAUCCCAAGGGCUACUCGUCCAUGGCCAAGUUGGUCGGUGUUCCCUGUGCGGUCGCCGUGCAGCAGGUGCUCGACGGUACGCUCAAGGAGAGGGGCAUUCUGGCCCCCAUGUCGCCGGAGAUUUGCAAGCCGCUGAUGAAGGUGUUGGAGGAGAAGUACGGCAUCUCGUUUGUCGAGAAGACUGUUGCCGCAUAG